AUGUUGAAAACAAAAGAAUUUUGCUGGACGGGAGAGGCAGAUGCAGCAUUUACUCAGUUAAAACAAAUAUUGACUUCACCUCAAGUAUUAAUUCCAUACGAUCCGUCACUACCGGUAAUGUUAGCAACAGACGCAAGCCGAACGGGUCUAGGUGCUGUAUUGUCACAUCGUUUAGAAAAUGGAGUGGAUCGGCCAAUAGCUUAUGCAAGUCGAACGAUGACUGUUACGGAACAACGAUAUACACAAAUUGAUAAAGAGGUACUAGCUAUUGUGUGGGCAGUUCAAAAAUUUUUCAAAUACUUAUAUACUCGUCAUUGGAUAUUGAUCACGGAUCAUAAGCCGUUAUCACAGAUUCUUCAACCUAAUAAAUCGCUUCCAGUACUAUGUAUAAGUAGAAUGGCUAACUAUGCAGAGUUUUUAAGCAGAUUCGAUUUCGAAGUUAUAUACAAAAAUUCAAAAGCAAACGCAAAUGCCGAUUAUUUGUCACGUGCUUCCCUUCAACAAAUAAAUCAAUUACAACAAAUAGUAGCGACUCAUUCAGAUGAAUGUGAUGAGUUCGAUAAUUUCAUGAUUUGCCAGAUAAAUCAGUUGCCUGUUAAAGCAGAACGUAUUGCAAUAGAAACCAGAAAGGACAAGCAUCUCGGCAAGAUAAUCAGAUUACUGGAAAGUGGCCGCUGUUUAAAAAGAGAAGGUUACAAAUCGCCAGAAGCGAGUUACGUGUUGUCAUCAGGGUGUUUGACGUUCGAACAUCGGGUCGUUAUCCCUCCACAUUAUCGACAAAGAUUACUAGAGAAUCUACACACAUCGCACUUAGGAAUGGUAAAAAUGAAGGGCAUUGCUCGUUCUUUUAUAUAUUGGCCAGGAAUAGACAAAGAUAUUGAGAAUAUGGCCAACGAGUGUGAUGGGUGCGCGAGACAAGCGAAUAAGUCGGUGAAAUGCGAUAGUCAUUAUUGGGAAUACCCAAAAGGACGAUGGGAACGUAUUCAUAUUGAUUAUGCAGGGCCAUUUGAAGGGGCAAUAUUACUAGUAAUUGUUGAUGCUUACAGUAAGUGGUUAGAAGUUAAAAUCACAAAAUCUACUACGGCUGCAGAUACAAUUUCGCUUUUGGACGAUGUAUUUGCUGUUCUUGGAGUUCCGCUUAUGGUGGUUUCUGACAAUGGAACAAAUUUUACUUCUGUAGAAUUAAACGAUUUCCUCACAACAGUUGGUGUUAAAUACCAUAAAUAUUCAGCUUCAUAUCAUCCAGCUACUAACGGUCAGGCGGAGCGUAGCGUACAAACAAUAAAAAAUGCGCUAAAGGCAAUGGGCACAACAAGCAAGAAUUUAAAAAAAAAUUUGAACGAGUUCCUAAGGCAAUACAAGAAUACGCCACAUUCAACUACAGGGUUUUCGCCAGCUCAGUUGUUUUUGGGACGACAUCUGCGAACACGCUUAGAUCUCAUUCGGCCAGAGGAAAUUGCAAAGAAGGUGAAAGAUAAGCAAUACUUGCAGUGUCAAUCUAGUAAUAGGUGUAGGGAAUUCGCAGCAGGCCAAAGCGUAUACUUCUUAUCGGGCAAUUCGCGAAUGCAUAAAUGGCUCAGAGGUACAAUUAAUACACGUUUAGGUGAUCUUCACUACGAAAUACUUUGUAAUGGAAAGGAAGUAAAGAGACAUGUAAAUCAAAUUCGAAGAGCUGCAAGUGCACCCAUUAGAAAUACAGCGAAAGAAUAUCGUGAAUCAAAAUAUUCGUUCGAGAGUAGUGGUGACAAGACAAAGGACUCGCUUGAAGCAGAGAACAAUGAAAUAAUCACUGAAGGGAGUCCGGGAUUGGAGAAUGAGUUUAAGAGGCCAGAAAACAAUGAAGCAACCACUGAAGGGAGUCCGAGAUUGGAGAAUGAGUUUGAGAGGUGGACAACGCCCAACACAUCGAGAAAUGAGGAGUUUUAUUCAACACCACACCCAAUAGCUGAGAGUACGCCUGAGACGACCAAUGUAACUCCCGCUAUACGACACAAGACUAAGGAAAACUAG